AUAACAGGAUCAGAUUCUCAUGUCACUUUCUUUCCUUACACAACACUGUGUUACGAUUUUCAGCUUUAAAGAAGGCAACAAUUCUUCUCUUAUAGGCACCAAUCAUUUUUCCCUCUCUCACAGGCUACUACUACAGACUCCAGUCCACAGUAUAGGGCUGCUUGACUGUGGUCAGACGCCAUGUUUUUCUCAAUUUCAGACUUGUGUAUCAAGUGGGUGGCUGCGUAGUUUCUCGCACCGUUUCACACGUGAAACUUUCCAUGCUACUUCGUUCAAAUUCCACAACCAUAUAUAGUUUCUUGAGCAGAACAUCGUAUCCCAGUUCUUGUUGUUUUUGCCUUUUUGAGGCUCCAAGAAUGAGGCUUCUUGGGGUGGUGGCACUAGCUCUGAGUUUGGUGUCGAGUAUAGGAAUUGUGGAGUGUGAAAAGCCUGCGGUUGUGAAUGUUGGGUCUGUGUUCACUUUCAAUUCAAUCAUUGGGAGGGCGGCAAAGGCUGCAAUGGAUAUUGCAGUCACUGAUAUCAACGGGGAUCCCAGUAUUCUGCCAGGGACUAAGCUCAACUUGAUUCCGGUGGAUUCCAAUUGCAGUGGCUUUUUGGCUUCCAUUGGAGCAUUUCAGCUGAUUGGGAAGGAAGUGGUGACAAUAAUAGGUCCACAGUCUUCAGCAAUAGCUCAUAUGAUAUCUUUUAUUGCUAAUGAUCUUCAUGUGCCUCUUGUCUCAUUUGCUGCAAGUGAUCCAACUCUCUCUGCUUUCCAAUUCCCUUAUUUUGUUCGGAUGACACAGAGUGAUUCCUACCAAAUGACUGCCUUAGCUGAUAUAAUUUGUUCUUAUGGGUGGAAAGAGUCGAUUGCUAUAUAUGUGGAUGAUGAUUAUGGGCGAAAUGGAAUAGCUUAUUUAGGUGAUGAACUUGCCAGGAGGCAGUGUAAGAUCCACUUUAAGCUUCCAUUAUCUGUCAACUUUGAUCUCAGUGACUUAACACGGGUGCUAAACGGUUCCAAAAAUUUAGGCCCUCGUGUUUAUAUUGUGCACAUCUAUCCCGAUCCAAAACUAAGAUUCUUUAGUUUAGUCCAGAAGCUGAAUAUGAUGACUGAGGAUUUUGUGUGGCUUGUGACAGAUUGGCUUUCUUCUAGUUUAGAGUCAUUUUCUAUGCAAAACCAAUCUUCUCUAAGGAUUCUUGAUGGUGUAGUUGGGCUUCGUCCAUACAUUCCAAAAUCAACUAAACAAAGUGAUUUUGUGUCUCGCUGGAGAAAAAUGCAACAGAAAGAUUUAGUACAGGAGGAGUUGACUACAUAUGGAAUGUAUGCAUACGAUACUGUAUGGGCAGUUGCGCAUUCAAUUGAUAAGCUUCUUAGGGAGGGCAUAAACAUUAGCUUUUCCUUCAGCAAUGAUUUGCAUGCUAUGGGACAAAGUAGCUCACAGCUUAACAAUCUCAAAGUCUUUGAUGGGGGAGAAAGUCUUCUCGAAAUUUUGACAGACAUCAACUUCACAGGCAUAACUGGAAAAAUCAAUUUUGAUGGCGACAGGAACCUUAUUGGCAGUGGGUAUGAGGUUAUUAACAUUGCACAAGGGGAGAUUCACCAUGUUGGUUAUUGGUCAAACUUGUCUGCUCUCUCUGUUUCCCCUGUGAAGUCCCUAAAGCGAAAAACCCAGUCUUGUUCAGAUAGAAAAUUGGGGAAUAUUACCUGGCCUGGCGGGCAAACCUCAAGGCCACGUGGUUGGGUUCUUGCCAAUGCUGAAAGACCAUAUCAAAUUGCAGUUCCGAGGAGAACUGUUUUCACUGAAUUCGUGAGAGAAUUAAACGAUAGCCACAAAAUAGAGGGCUAUUGCAUUGACGUGUUCAAGGCAGCACGAAAUAAACUUCCUUAUGAUAUUCAUUUCACAUUUAAGGCUGUUGGUGAUGGUCAUUCUAAUCCACAUUACGAUGAUCUUGUUAAACUGGUUGCAGAUGAUGUUUAUGAUGCAGCAGUUGGAGACAUUGCUAUUGUGACCAACAGGACAAGGAUGGUUGAUUUUACUCAGCCUUACGUGUCUACUGGUCUUGUCAUUGUAGCCCCUGUUAACCGUUUCAAAUCAAGUGCUUGGGUAUUCCUAAAACCAUUUACACCUGCAAUGUGGGGUGUAACUGCAAUAUCUUUUCUGGUCAUUGCAGUUGUCAUUUGGAUACUAGAGCAUCGUGUCAAUGAUGAUUUUCGUGGUCCUCCCAAGAGACAACUUAUAACCAUGCUCCUGUUCAGCUUCUCAACUCUAUUCAAAACAAAUAAUGAAAAUACCGUAAGCACCCUUGGGCGUAUGGUAAUGGUGGUGUGGCUAUUUCUACUCCUGGUGAUCACAUCAAGCUACACUGCAAGUUUGACAUCAAUACUAACAGUCCAACAGCUAUCAUCAUCAACCAUCACUGGAAUGGAAAGUUUGGUUACGACCAAUUGGCCCAUUGGGUAUCAAGUUGGAUCUUUUGCUUAUUCCUAUUUGAUAAACAAUUACGACAUACACCCUUCAAGACUUGUUUCUCUACGAUCUCCGGAGGAUUAUGAGACUGCUUUGCGGAAAGGGCCAACAGCAAGAGGAGGGGUGGCUGCUGUUGUAGAUGAGCUCCCAUAUGUAGAGUUGUUUCUGGCCAAUCGGACUGAUUUUGGGACCAUCGGGCAGCAAUUUGCAAGAAAUGGAUGGGGCUUUGUUUUCCAGAAAGGCUCUCCAAUCGCUGUGGACUUGUCAACAGAAAUACUGAAACUUGCUGAGAAUGGGGAACUUUACAACAUCCACAAGAAAUGGUUUUGUGGUUCUGGUUGUCCAUCAGAGAGGGGAAUAAAAGCAGAGCCUUAUCAGCUCCAUCUAAGCAGCUUCUGGGGACUUUAUCUUUUAUGUGGUGCUGUGACUGUCAUUGCUCUCAUCAUCUUUUUGUUCCGAGCUGUUUUCCAGUAUAUGCGGUAUAAAAGGAAGCAAAUGGAUCCAUCUUCUCCCUCCAACACGCGCUGUUCUCAGGCAGUCUACAGCUUCUUUGACUUCAUUGAUGAAAAGGAAGAAGCCAUCAAGAAUUUUUUUACUCAGCAUGAGACUUCCCAAACUCAGGUCAAUAAUGAAGCUGGUAAAACUGCAGAGCCCUCCAAGGGACUGGACAAUCUUUCUUAACUAUGAAAUUUUGUUGCUCUACUUCCCACUUAAACAUGAUAUAAUCUAAUAAUAUAAUAUGUAUAUAUAGAAGUUUGUAUAUAUAACAGCAAGCUUGGGCAGUUCAUUAUAGUAAUAAACUUAGAAUUUCUUGUGUGUUUAAUAAA